AGGAGGGGCGUGGGCCCCGGGCCCUGCUCUAUCUCGAGUGCAGGGCAGGGGCCGCAGUGCCUGGCUGCUGCAGAGCGGGAUCCACCCCAGGACGUCGGGUCGCUGCCGACAUAAUGUCAAGUGGAAAUGAUCUGCAGUCAGAGGCUCUUAGUAAACCCACUUUCAGUGAGGAACAAGCUUCUGCGCUAGUGGAGUCAGUGUUCGGGCUGAAAGUUUCCAAGGUCCAGCCACUUCCUGGCUAUGACGACCAAAACUUUCAUGUCUACGUCACAAAAACCAAAGACGGCCCAACUGAAUACGUCCUCAAAAUAAGCAACACCGAGACUAGCAAGAAUCCAGACCUGAUUGAAGUGCAGAAUCACAUUGUCAUGUUUCUGAAAGCAGCUGGAUUUCCAACAGCCUCUGUGUGUCGCACUAAAGGAGACAACACAACUUCGCUUGUGUCUGUAGAUAGUGGCUCUGAAAUCAAAAACUACUUGGUGAGGCUGCUGACUUACCUCCCAGGAAGACCCAUCGCUGAGAUUCCCAUCAGCCCCCAGCUAUUGUAUGAAAUUGGAAAGCUAGCUGCCAACUUGGAUAAGACACUGGAGAAAUUCCAUCACCCAAAGCUAAGUAGUCUUCAUCGGGAGAACUUCAUCUGGAAUCUGAAAAAUGUUCCUCUUCUGGAGAAAUACCUGUAUGCCCUGGGCCAGAAUCGAAACCGAGAGAUUGUUGAGCAGGUCAUUCAUCUGUUCAAGGAGGAAGUAAUGAGCAAAUUAAGUCAUUUUCGAGAAUGUAUCAAUCACGGAGAUCUCAAUGACCACAAUAUUUUAACGGAGUCCUGCAAGUCAGCCUCUGGAGAUGCUGAAUAUCAGGUGUCUGGGAUUUUAGACUUUGAUGACAUGAGCUACGGCUACUAUGUGUUUGAAGUGGCAAUUACCAUCAUGUACAUGAUGAUUGAAAGCAAGAGUCCUAUACAAGUAGGAGGUCACGUCCUUGCAGGGUUUGAAAGCGUCACCCCACUGACAGCUGUAGAGAGGAGUGCUUUGUUUUUACUUGUAUGCAGUCGUUUUUGUCAGUCGCUUGUCAUGGCCGCAUACUCUUGCCAGCUACACCCAGAGAACAAAGACUAUCUCAUGGUUACUGCAAAAACUGGCUGGAAACACUUACAGCAAAUGUUUGACAUGGGUCAGAAAGCUGUAGAAGCAAUCUGGUUUGAAACUGCCAAAUCCUAUGAAUCUGGGAUCUCCAUGUGACUGAGAUCUCCAUGUGACUAAAAGUUCACUCGAAGUCAGGUCAUUAAAAUAGGACCAAAUCAAAUGUUAGGAAGGAUUUUGCUGCAUAGUUAAAAAUCAGUUGACGGAAUGGAUCCGUUCUGACUAAGGCGCAUGAAAUCCCUUAGAUCUUCAAGCAAUCU